AUGGGGGCAGACACGGAGAUGAAGGAUGCUGCCGCUCUCUCGGAUGCUGAUUCCCUGGCAUCUACUGCGCCAAGUGAGCAAGGCUCAGAAUAUGAAGUGGAAGAAAUACUUGCAGAGCGCGUUUCAAAACGAACUGGCAAAAAAAAAUUCUUACUAAAAUGGGCAGGCUACCCCAUAUAUCGAGCAACAUGGGAGCCUGCUGAAAUGUUCCUGCAGAUGGACGACGCCUUACUCAGAUGGGACGAGAAAAGACAGAGAGUCAGAGCAGGCACUGAACGACCAUUCGAUUUGGAAGCAUGGAAAAAGGCUCUUAAGGACCGUGAACGAGAAACCCAACGACGCAAAGAAGCUCGCCGACAGAAACGUGCAGAGAGGGCCGCACGGAAGGAGGCCAAGCCUCUUCGUUCGAAUUCACCCCUCGUGUCUGCGUCUCAAGAAUCAUCCCCAGAUGUUCCCUUGAUGCACGCAUCUCGUCAGUCGUCACCAGAUGUGCCACUCAUUCGGAUCAGUGCGAGUCAGGGCUCGACCCUUCGCAAGUCUCAUCAACGGCCUGGCUCGCCGUCCCCUGACUCUCUUUUUGUCUCGGCAGAUGACCCGGAGACAAGAGUCCACUCCGACCAGGAAGAUCUAGUAUCUUCAAUGCCGAUAAUAGCUCAACCUCUGCCAGGACUGCCCGCUUCUGGUCCUGCGAGGCCAGUCUUAGAGUCUCUUAAUCCGCCUCUGUCAGUCAAAGCUGUUUCAGGAGCCUCUGAAGACCCUCUGCCACAAACUUCCCAGGGUAUUCCUAUGACAUUGGAGAAAUCUCAAUCAACUCAAUCAGUACCCUCUCGGCCUCUCCCUGAGGACUCGAAAGCUGCGCCAUCGAAGCAAGAUAAAGGAUCCGCCAUUGGGCCUAGCCAAGCUACUGGCGGCAUACCAGGAAAUGAACCAAAGUCGUCACGAGAGCCUCAGUCUCAGCGACCACAUGCCUUAUCUAGUCAAAGUGCCAAGCAGUUGGCGUUAGGGCCCCUGUUCACGGCGUCCGUAUCUAACAAGUCAAAGGACCGCGAACCAGAUAUCAGCCUACUGCACCUUCGAAAGCCCUCUGAGUUUCCGGCCAGGGCAGCCGCAGGAGUACCCGUACCAUUUGCAAAAAUGACGGCUUCGGAUAGUAUCCGACGGGCCGCUCAAAGUGGGAUUAAAGCUAUCACUACCAACACCUCAUCCGUGUCCGAGACCGCCACUUCGCCCGGGGCAGCUCGAAGGUCAUCCGAAAACAUGGGCCCUUCCUCACGGGCACCUCGGGCCCCUCAAGCAGAGAGGGCUGGUCGAUAUGGUCCAUCCUCUCCUCGUCGCUCUUCUCUGCCAUUCGGGGGUGACUGCUAUCGACCGAGGAAUUCUCGCGGCAGUCCUCCCCCUCAGCGGCUGGAUCCCCGCGGAAGGCCACCAGAGUCCCGCCGGAGAUCUUCUAGGUCACGCUCUAGAUCCCCCGACCGCUGGUCUAGGGCCCGCGAGCCACGGCAAAGAUCUCCAUUCUCACGUCAAAAAUCUCCAGACCAUGAUCGGCCCGGCGACAGGCAUCGGCCAACAAGUACUUCUUCUCCGUUCGUAACUGUAACGCGUCCAAAAUCCAAUGCGCCUGUCCCAGCUACGUCCUCGAGGUCAUCUCCUCCACCUGCCGUCUCUGAAUUCAGGAGUGGAACGGGUUCCGCGAAAGACAACGCGAUGGCUUUGACAACUAAGCCUCCGAGUCUAUCCGAACGACCUCCGAUGUCCGCAAAGGACCAAAUCAACCGCAUGCCGAUGGGCAACCCCUUACCUGGAGCCAAGUGGUUGGGAAAAGGGCAUUUCUUCAACCCCGGGGAGGUCUUGGCACAUGUAUACUUCGGCAAAGACAAACAUUUCGUUGGGGUUGUACGGUUGUGUGGUCUAUCACCAGAAGUGAAAAAAGACCUCUUAGCCCCCAAGAAUGCUACCCGGCGAUCCUCUAAAUUCGAGAUGUGGUUCCGGGAUGUCACACCUGAGCAGUAUUCUGCUCUUUGUCAAAUGGAGGACGCUGCGGGCGGCAACAAUAGAGUCGUGCGCACUUGUUGGAUGGAGGGAUUUGCUGAUUCCAAUCCCGAGAUCUUCCACAUGUCGGAAUUCCUCCGCGGGGAAAAUAGGGUCGGCAUCUAUUUUCCUCCAGGUAACGAUGGCUAUGUGUGGCUUGCGUAUUCCCCCAAGUGUACUGAGUUCGACUACCUCACCCUGCCAUAUUUCGAGAUCGACCCUUGGAUCCCUAUUCGUCUUGCUGUGCGAUCACCUUUGCCUGAUGCCCUUGAUGAGAUUGCUCUGUGGCUGCCAAGGGAACCUCAACAGGUGAAACCCCCGGCAAUGGCCAUGGUGCCUCAUGAUCCUUCAAAAACAGCAACGGCCGAUCCACUCGCUAAUGUCGUCAGACGCCUGGCACAGACUUCUGGUCCUAACAAGCCAACCGGGUCUUUCCACGCGCGAGGAUCGAAUGGUUCUCCUGUUCAGAGCCCCAUAGAACCACCUACGGAUCGACCUCCAAUUCUUGGACAAGAGGCUCGGGAGAGUCAACUCGCGAGGCAUACUGCAGCUGAUAUGGCUGCAAAUGCCCCAGCCGACCCUCGCCUAAGACGUUUGUUGUCUAUAGCGAGUACGCAGCAAAAUCAUCAGGGGCAGUCCCAGCCGAUACGAGAUGCGUCCGGAAAAAUCAAGAGUAAGGACCUCCAAGGUGUCAAGAUGGGAGCGCCGUCCGAUCUCAUGGACACUGCGCCAGACGUCACAGUACCCACAAACACGGCCCUGCUAUCGGCCACACAGAAUGUCUCUAUGCAGCAACUUCCGGAUCCUAGUUCCAUGCUUGUGGAGUACUUUGACGGCCUCAAAAUAACAUUCAAGGAACUUGCCUGUGUGAAUGGGAAACCUGAUGGCCCUCAAGCGGAUAUGUUCUACCUCCAUACUCCCGAAGGUGAAGAGGGCCAAAAUGAUUGCGCCCUCCUCAAGGCGUGGCUCGAAGUGAACGGGGCCAUGAUAUGGUCCGAUUGGGCCAAAUUCGUUAAAAACAGCAAAUGUGGAGUGAUUCUGUUUCACGAAUCUUUCGGAAGGUACGAUACCCUGCGGCCCAAUCUUCGAGACACCCUAGGAAACUCGUCGAUGGGCUUUUGGACAUUCCGGAUCUCUAGACCGCUUGACUAUCCCGACGUGCGAUACUCCCCACAAGGAGUCUAUUUUCAGCGCAUCUUCAACCGAGGUGGCGCUUACCUCUUGACUGAGGACGUUCUGCACUCCUUGAAGGAAACAAUCGUCAUUGUCUACUGGUUUUACAGCAUUCAGAAAAACAAUCAAGAAGGUCAAUGGAAAUUGGUCUGUUGGCCAAAUCUAAUGGAACGCCUUGAGGGAAAGCUUGAAGAUUCCGAUCUCCCAAAAGAUGAGCAGAAACUCAUCUUUACCCUCAGCUGGUUGAUCAGGAAAUGCAACUCUUUGAACAGCCUUCAGCCGCUUUACCAACCCGAAAGCCUGGAUCCCACGAAUCUUGACGGCCCUGAUAAUAAUAUCCUUUCUCUUACAGUGGCCGGCUAUGGAGAGCGCUCCGCCAAUGCGAACCCUGAGUUACCUCAGGAUCUUACACAAGCCGAGCGCAAUGCCGAUCAUCUCGCGGAAGCAUUUGCUGGCUGGACUAUCGAGAACGCAGCCCGCCUACGGAGAUCCUAUAUUAUCUCGAAUUGCAAGAACGAAGCCCUACUCAAGCGAUGGGCUUCAUGGGGCCACGUCACUUUGUUUAGCGUGGGGGCUUUCAUCAAAAAGUACGAUAUGAAAAUCAAUGAUGUGCUAGGGCGCCUUCACCACAGGCUGAACAAGUCAAGUAAACCCACCAAACCAUCCCAAACGGGACAAUUGAUUGACAAGCCCCAUGUUGACCUAUCCUCGCCAAUUCAAACCCCCGAGACUCCCUCGGCUGCGGGGUUCAGUGGCUUCCAUACACCGAGAGAGGCGCAUACAGAUCCUUCGAAUCGAUCAAGACCAAGCGAGUGGAGGCCACCGCAACCACAGGGGUCUCAUAUCUACGCAGCGCCAUACCGUUGA